AUGUCGGUCCCUAUCGCCAUCCCCAAAGAAUAUGGCUAUGUCGUUGCGACUACCGCCAGCACUUUCUUCCUCAGCAUGUGGCACGCAAUGCGCGUAGGCCCCUUCCGCAAAGCAGCCGGCAUCCGAUACCCUCAAGCAUACGCAGAGAACAGUGACAUGGCCAACGCCACGGGAGAGAAGAAGCACGCAAUGUACCUCUUCAACACCGCUCAGCGCGCACACGGAAAUUACAUGGAACACCACGCUGCCACCGUCAUUGCGAUGCUGGUCGCUGGAGUACAAUAUCCGAUCGCUUCGAGCGUGAUGGGUGUGGGCUGGGUACUGAGUAGAGUGGUCUAUGCGGUAGGAUACACCAGGAAAGACAAGACGGAUGGGAGUGGAAGGCUGAUCGGGUCUGGAUUCUGGCUGUUCGAGCUUGGGUUGUAUGGCUUGACUGCGUGGAGUGGGGUCAAACUUUUGCUGUGA